GUGUCGCGCGUGUGUGUGUGUGUGUGUGUGAGUGUGUGCCCGCCAGCCCUAGAUGAUGGCAUCAGUAAGCGCAUGAGGGUUAUCGAUACAAAGCAACAACAAUUAACAGCAAAAGGCAUCGCAAACGCUUAUCAACAAACAACACGCACACAAACAAACACAUACACACACACGGACAGACGCACGCACGCACACACUCAACCAGCAGGUUGUGUGGACGCAACGCGUCUGCCGCGUCUCUCUGCGCGCCCAACAACCAUAUGCGCCUCCACAGAGCCGUACGUGUUAUGCACAAAGCACAUGUACAAACAUACGUACAUACGUUUUGUCUAAUAUAGAGUAGUAGCUGGGGACGCGAGGCGAUUAAAUACAUUUAGUUUGCUUGUCAUUUGAUUUAUAAUUCAACAGCCGCCGCCCAGAUGAAGAAGUUGCUAUCACGGCGAAUAAGUAGGCUAAGCAGCCUGGAUCACUCCACGCUGGUUAAUGACGACGACGAGGAGGAGCACAUGGACUACGAUACGCCCAGCAGCUACACCAGCAACCAGAUGACAACAAAUCAACAGCCGCAGCAGCAGCUGCCACAACAGGCGCCCGCCAAGCCGCUCGCGCCGUACGCUCUCUUCUUUCGCGACACGAUGACGGCCAUCAAGCAACAGAAUCCCGCCUGCACGCUGGAGCAGAUCACGGCCAUAGCGCUCAACAUGUGGGAGUCCAUGGACGAAAAGCAGAAGAACGUCUACGAUCAGCGGCACGAGCUGGACAAGCGCGAAUAUGUGCGACAACUGCGCGAUUAUCAGCGCAGCCAGCAGCAAGCCGACGCAGCUGAAGCUCAGCAACAACAACAGCCGCCCGCAGAGCAGCCGUCGCCGGCCGAAGCCCUGCCCAGCAAAGAGGAGCCGCUAGCAGCAGCCGCAGUGGCCGCCGUCGCUGCUGAGCCAGCUGUGGCGCAAGCGCCGCUGCCGCCGCCCUCGGAUCAAAUACAGCUGCUAACGGAAGCGGCUGCCGUGCAAAAAUGUACGCGCGAACAAUGCAAUAAGCCGGCGAUAAUAAAUCCCGAUUGGGAGGACGAAUAUUGCAGUAAUGAGUGCGUUGUCAUACAUUGUCGCAAUGUGUUUACGGAGUGGGCGCGUUCGCUGCAAAACUCGCCCACGUAGUAACUGUACUUAGUUGUCGCACUUGUAGGUAUUAACUAAAAAAAAAAAAAGAAAAAAAAAACAACAAUAAAACGUAGCUAAUAAAACACAAUCGCCGAACAGCUGUUUGGCACGCAAGCGCAGCGUUGCCAGCUGUCAAAAAAAUACAAACAACAUUUGGAACACUGGAAUAUGGCACAGACAAAAUGGCGCGCACAUUUAAAUUCGUGUCUGCGCAUUGUUUUUAUACACAUGCUUAGUAUUUAUGCAUUUAUAAAUAAAAUGAGAACACAAUUUUAC